AUGGCGUUCGUUAUUGCUGUCAUUUAUUUGCUGCACAUGUGCGGUUAUCUGCCGCGUUAUGAUCUGGAGGACGAGCCCGAGGACGACUUGGAGGCCGGGGGUGUAGGCUUUGGCCUAAGUGGCGAGGACGCGGCCCCCACCAUCGAGAAUGCCGUGCUCCAGCUCACCAAGAUUGUCUCAAACCUGACGCAGGCGAAGAAAGGACCGGAUCUGGAGAGUUUGCUCGAUCAAAGUGGAUUGGGGAGCUCCGGGGAUCCUUCCAGCCUCGGGACGGGGAAGAAGAGCGGAGCAGCGCUCAGGCUGCUUACCAAGACGUUCGAGGACUCGCCUCAAGUCAUCGCCGAGUCCGUGUUGAAUCAUAUGAGAAAGGACCUAGGCGGUCUUGCGGGCGUGCGGUGGUCGUGGCAGGUCGCGGGGAUCCUCGACGACCUGGUGGAGAACAGGGUAGAAAAGGCGAAAGCCCGAGCUGCCCUCUUGCUCGGGGCGUCGGACCAAUCUUUCAUCGACGGAGGCUCCUGGAUUAUGAGUACUGUGUCCCUGCUCGAGACGGUGCCCCCCUACCAGGAGUUCUCGAAGCACAGCAUGCCCCAGGCCUCCGAGAGCCAGACGAGUGCUCUCUUCGAUCCGCGAUGGUCGGAGGUGUUCCUUGCCGUGUUGCGGGACCGGGACUCCUUCAACGAGGCGAGGCGCAAGCUUGCAUCCCUGGAGAAAGGCGGCCGAGGACGUGCGAACCAAGGCGAAGAUGGAUCUGCAGACCAGCCUGGAGGACAGAGAGGUCCGAAAGGUGGUGGCAAAGACAAAGGCGGCAAUGGUUCGGGCGGCAAGCUCCUUUUCAGCCUGAGCCGGAGUUUGUCGAUAGACGAGUGGCUGCUCAUACAGGCCGACCUGGUGAUUCGCGACCUGACUCUCCUCGGCAAGUUCCCGGUUCUGGUGCGAGAUCACAACCGCCUGAGCAACGCCGAUCUCAAGAAGUUGGUGGUUAAUGUGCAAGUGAUCCUGCUGAACUACCUCGACCUGGGAAGGCCCCGGCGUGCCCCCGUGAGUUGCACUUCUGCACAGUCGCCUACGGCUGAACAGUGGGAGGUUAUCUUUCGCCUCGAGUGUUUCCUUGAUGCCUGGUUUGAGCUGGGCAUCCUCUCGGCGGAGGAAAUGGGGCGCACGGCCGGCAAGGUCGAAGACUUGGAGAAAGUGCUGGGUUUUCCGGACUUCGAUCCUCGGCCUUUUCUUGAUCCAAUCACUUUAGAAAUCUUCGAACACCCCAUGCGGCAGUCUCUUCAGCCUGGUGAGUUCGAAGGCUCGAUCCCGCGAGUGCGGGUCCACUGCUCCCGUGAGGAGAGAUUGAGGCUGUUCAAGCUCCUAGACCAGUCCCGCAGGAUCCGGCUGUUCCCAGCUGAAGAAGUACGUGCAGAGUUUGGCUCAGGAGUUUUUGCCGUGCUCAAAUCGUUGGAGCUAGACCGCAUGAUAUUGGAUUCUCGACCCCACAAUCUUCUCGAAGUACCUCCUGGCAGGUUUAUUCAGUCUCUCGGAUCCGGAGAAGUGCUGACGCAGCUGCAUUUGGAGGACAGCGAGCGACUGUACUUGUCAUCGAACGACAUUCGAGACUUCUACCAUCUGUUUCGUGUUAAUACUGAACGAUGCAGGCGAAACGUUCUCGUGGGGACCAUUACACCGAAGGAAGCUGAAUGCUUAGGUUGUUUCCAAAAGUACAUGUAUCGCCAUCCUGAACUUCAUGUCGGAUUAUCCUGUUUGGCCAUGGGUGAUACACAAGCUGUGGAGUUGGCACAAACAUGUCACUUAGGCUUAUGUGUCCAAAAGAAGAUCGUGAGCAAGAACACGUUGGUUUCAAUGAGUUUGCCGAUUCCCCGGGGAAAGGUUGGCUGUGGCAUUGUGAUAGAUGACUUUGUCAGCUAUGCCAUCGACUCCCGAGGCUCCGCGGAGGUGGAUUCUCAACCUACAUCUGGAGCGCUUCUCGCGGACCAGGCCCAGGAAGCCUACCGAGAGGUCGAGCUCAUUCCUCAUGAUGAUAAAUCAGUGCGAGACUCGCUCAGGUCUGAAGUUUGGGGUGCCUUGGUCGACGGCGACAGAGGGUACAUUCGAGGCUCGUUGAAGAGGGCUGCACCUUUGUCGCGAAUCAUCCUGAGCGUCCUUCAGAUCGGAGCCGUGACUGCAGGUCUGCUGGAAAUCAUCGCAGGUGUCAUUGCUCUCUUCAUUUACCGGAGGCGACUCAUGUCGCUUCUUGAAUCAGUCUUUUCUGAAACACGAGGACGAGAGCAGGAUGAGGCUUUCAUGCUGAACGAGAAGCUCCGCGAAGAGCUUAUUCUUGCGCUAGGGCUGAUCCCCACCGCAGUCGUCGAGCUCCGGGCUAAGUAUUCUGAUAAGGUCUACGCUGUCGACGCUUCGAAUUGGGGAGAGGCCGUUUGCCAUUGUGAAGUGGGAGCCGAAUUGUCGAAAGAGCUGAGCAGGCACUCGCUUCGCAAAGGUGUGUGGUCGCGACUGCUGAGCCCUGUAAAGGCCAGAGAACGCGGGCACGGCAUUCUUGAUCCCGACCUUGAACUACCUGGAGGCUCUGAAGCUCAGUUCCGAGCUCAUCCCAUCUGGGUCGCCUUGAAUACAGCAGGUCGGUUCAAGCUGUCGUGGUCCAAAGCUGCGAAGCGGAGGAGGCACAUCAACAUAGGGGAGUUGCGUUCAUUCCUGAAGGCAGAGAAGAUUUCGAAAAUCCCGGGGUUUCCUACUCGGUCUGCUGUCGGAGGCGACUCCCAGGUGGCGCUGGGGGCCGUUCUCAAAGGACGGUCAGCAAGCCCGAGCUUGAACAAGGAGCUCCAGGGCUCGAUACCGCAUGUGAUUGGAGGUGGGCUACAAAACUUCUACCUUUACUGCCCGACUAGCAUCAAUACAGCAGUCGACCCCUACACUUUAAGUGGUCUCCCUUCGUUGAGCGAGAUCGCCAAGGAUGUACAGGCAAUCGUGGAUGAUUCGAUGAGUGAUGUUCUUAAGAUUGAGGAUCGUGUGGCGCUUACAGAAUCAGUGCAUAAGUGGUGCGCGCUUCAUCAGGGGACAGUGGAAAGGACUGUUCGCGAGAUCGGGCAGAAUGUCCGACGGGGGCCUUAUAUCCGUCGUGGGCCCAGUGUGACGGCUGCCGAUUUGUAUGAGGGGCUUUUGGCUUCUGAUCCUGUGCUGGGUUUGGCUGCUCUUGAGAAGAAGUUAAAGCUUCGCAAAGCUGGAACAGGGGCGCGUGUGGAAGCAGAGGACUUGUGCAGGCGCCGCUGGGGCCUCAAGCUCGCGGGCUACAUCCAGGAGGAAAGUUUCCGGCAAUUGCAGUUGACCAUGGAAGCCAUCAGCAAGCGGCAGGAGCGUUGCUUGGAGACCAUUCCUUUGUACAGCAUCACUCAGGUUGCACCGCCACCGCGGCCAGAUCCUUUCUGGCCACAGCGACGGUUCCGACAGUGGGACAAUGAUUGGUCCGAGAGCCCGGCCAAGUGGCAGCGAACAGGCAAAGGACGUGGCCAUGGAAAGGGCAAGAACGGCAAGGGGGGCAAGGCCAACCGCGAUGAAUCCAAGGGCGAUGGCAAGGGCCUCGGCGGUGGCAAGGGCAAGAGUGAUCAUGCGCUCUGGACACACACGAUGCAUGCAGUCCCAUCCGAUGUGGCAGCAUUUCCAGAGCUUGGCCGCAAAGGCGGCAGCACCGACCGGGGCACGGGAAGGAGAUAUCAGAUCACACUUACAGCAGCUCUGCACGUCGCGGGGCAGCAGGGCUUGUACUUCAUUCUUGAGCACCCUGAAGAUCUGGGCCGUGUGCCGUCUGGUGAGAGGCCUGCUUCCAUUUGGUCUUUUGAUGGGGUUCGUCAGAUUUGCGCUGGAGGCGAGGUCAGUUGCUGGGCAUUGCAUCAAUGCCUUUUCGGGGCUAUGUCAUGCAAACCCACCCGCUUGUUAUCCAAUUUGCCCGGAGCGUUGAACUUUGGGAUACAAAUGCCAUGUUUCAAUGAUGACGGGGACUACGUGGGGCCGCUCUUGCGCUGCCCGCAUACACAUGCAGAUCGAGCCUGCGGCUUUCAGGAUGGCACUUGGAAAUCGGCCGCCACGGCGGCUUACCCUUCGGAGUUCGCUGCUUUCAUCGCCCGUCUCUCUUUGAGUGUGGUGCCUGAGCUGAGGGCCGUGGCUGACUCCGACCUGAUCCCCGCCAACAUCCCUUCAUCCGCCGAGGCCUUUGCCACGGAGUGCAUCACACGCGGUUCUUUCGAUCGCGCUUCAGUUCAGAUUCUUUUCGACUUGCUUCCUAAGACUCGGCCUCAUAAGAUCACCGGCAGUGCAGAACCUGGCACCGCUUUCUUUGGAGGCACUGUGCACCAGGAGGGUCUCACCGCACCGCGGUCCACUUGUUUUACAUUCCCCGAGUCCAUGCGUGUGAUCAAUGCUUUUCUUCACUCCGUGGACCCGCACCACCGUUACGCUGCUUUUGUUCUCACAAAGAACGUUACUAGUGAGGUUCAUCGUGAUCCGCGGAACGCAGCUGUGCCCAACUUGAUUGUGGCAAUUUCCUCCUUUUCUGAUGGUGGCAUUUGGAUACAGGAUGACUCAGGUACCCAGGUGCGAUCCUUUCACGGCUCGCCCGUCACCGGCACUGUACACUCCUUACAAGACGGACCCGUCUACCUGGAUGCCCGUGGAUGUUUGCAUGACUUGCCUUGCCUUUUCAAGGAAGAUGGCGACAGCCAAUGGGCAUCGACGAGUGCGGAGUUGCUGGCCUCACUUGCGGCGAUGAAAGUCUUUGAUCAUCUGGAAAAGGAAACGGCGGGAGUGCGUGACAACAUCAGGACUGUGGUAUGCGGCGGAACUGACAAUUCUUCGACUGGCAAGCUGCAGAAGAAGGGCUCGAGCACUAAGUGGCCGUUGAUGGGCAUCCAGAUGGCUUGUGCAGCGGCUUUGCAUAAAGUGAACAAGCAGCUCACGCUGCAGUGGAGGCCUAGAGAUGAGAACACUUUGUCGGAUGCCAUCACCAACCACGAUUUUUCGAGUUUCUGCCCGGAGCUGAGAGUUCCUUUGAAGCUGGACGAUCUGCCGCUUGAUAUUUUCCUUCGCAUGGUCCACUCCAGGAGUGCUUUCUUGGAUUCGCGUGUCAGCUUGCAGCGAUUGGUCUCGAGGGAGUCGGCAAUGUCUCGCCGGGAGAAGGAGACGAGCAAAACACCUUGGCUUCAGACGGCAAGAUCCAGUUCGACGCACCGAUUGAAAACAAUGGUCUUCGAGUAUGCCUUCGAUUGCGCGAUGCCUCAAGAGUUCUGUCUCGACUGUGCCAUGGCUCCUUCCUCGGGGGGCGCUGUGGGUGCUGAGCGGAAAAGGAUGAUGGAUUUGGCGGCCAUGGAGGCCGCGACGUCGAGUACUCAGCUGACCCUACCUGUCAGCUACAGAAAGUUCAGGGGAGUUGCGCCGCGCAACUAUGUUCUCAAAGCUAUGCUUGAGGGUGAGCAUGCUUCCAUCGAAGACUUCCUGGAAAGGCUCAAUGAGGAUGCAAGUGCAGUUGUGGGAUCGGCUGUGCUUGUGGAUGAGCUCUUUCGUGUACGUGAAGCCCUCGUUCUUCUCUGGACCGAGCAGCUGACAAAGCGGUGUGAUGGCGACCCCCCUUGGGUGGAGCGCCUCCAGGCGAUGGGACAUUUCCCAAGCACUACCCUGUGGUUUGCUGACGGGGACUUUGGCCUUGCUCCGGCGGAGGCCUAUCGCGAUGCAAGUGUCCAGCAGCAGCGGGGCAGCCGGGAGCAAGUGGCAGCAGCGCUGCCGCCUUCUGGUGGGCGACCUGGUGCUGGUGCGGACGCUGAGCUGGUGACGCAGCCGGCUGCUGGCGAGAUUGAGGAGGAUGCGGAGCUGGCUGGGCCUCCCGAAGUGGAGGCGACCAACCAUGGCGACGCUGCUCUUCCUUGGCAGCCGGACAAAGAGCCACCUAGCCCGGCCUCUCCCUGCCUCCUUGGUAACAUGUUUUCUAAGACCGGCCCGUUCGGGGCCCCCUCCGAGAGUAAAAAAAUGGUUGCUCGCUUGCCUUGGCUGGUGGGCCGGUUGGGCACCUUGCUUGUCGGCCGGCCCAGCAAAGAGGAAGGCAUAUCAGAGGAGUUCAAGGAGCGAGCCAAGCAGCAGCUACGCCGCAUGCAAGCACUCGGACUGGAUGUGUUCGUUUCGGAUUCUGGCGAGAUCUUCUCUCAAGAGGACUUGAAGCAGCUUCUUGGAAUCAAGUAG